CAUAGAGGCAUUAUUUUCUGCUUCUGAUCUCCUGUGGCUUUCGACUAUUUCUACAGUCGUCUCUCUCUCUCUCUCUCCCCCCCUCGGAAAUUCCUCGAGAAAGCUCAAAGCCAUGGCUACAUUAGUGGCAGCUGCAGCCCGUCAAGCCGCAACUCUAAGCCGCGUCGCUACUCCAAGAACGUCAGCUCAAGCUGCUCAUCUAAUUCAGCGCCGUGGUCUUGCCGGCUCUGCUGAUCACCACGGACCCCCUAGGGUCAACUUCUGGCAAGACCCAUUGAGCCCCUCUAAAUGGAAGGAAGAGCAUUUUGUAAUUGUCUCUUUAUCUGGUUGGGGCCUACUCUUCUUUGGGGGAUACAAGUUGGCUACCAGAGGCAAAGGCAAGAAGGAAGAGAAACUGGUGGAAGCAUCACAGUGAGGGAUUGACGCUUCACUUGUCCAAGAGCUUCUGGAUAGAAUGUGUUUUUCGUUGGAACUGAGAUUUCAUUUUCUUGCUCCGCAAACUCUGUUGAUUAGUUAAUAUUUUAUUCUGAACAACCAUUUACUGACAUACUUGGAGGUCAAUUGCUCUGUUGGGAGAUUUCUGGCAUUUAAGUGUUCAUUUGAAGUUACUUUUGUCAAUUGGUGCGUUAGCCUUUAUUUUAAUAAUAAGAUGCCCAUCUUUCUUUGA